UUGCAGGGAUAAUUCCUAAUUUUAAAAUGUAUUUUUGAAUAUUUUAUGAAAUUUUAUUUUCUCUGUUUUCUUUCUUAUCUCGAUAUUGGUUCCAUGUGAGGUUGUUGCAAAGGGGCUACAUACUAGAGUGUUACACCUCACAUAUAAAAGGCAGCAUUACUCCAACAUUUAUUUCAGCAAUUACGACAAUAUCUAUCCUCAUCUUCAUCUUCAUCUUCAUCCUCUUCUUUUGAAGUAAACAAAAAUGAACAAAGCAACCUUAGUUAUAGCAACUAUUUUUCUUGGAGUAUGUUUCCUAAAUAUCAAUGUUGAUGCUUUUGUGGCUUCUGGAUGGCAAAAGGCUCAUGCCACUUUCUAUGGCGGUAGUGAUGCAUCCGGGACUAUGGGAGGGGCUUGUGGGUACGGUAACUUAUACACUAGUGGCUAUGGGACUAGAACUGCGGCUCUAAGUACUGCUUUGUUCAACAACGGGGCAUCAUGUGGACAAUGCUACAAGAUCAUGUGCGACUACAAGACGGAUCCCCAGUGGUGCAGGAAGGGAGUUUCGGUCACUAUUACCGCGACUAAUUUCUGCCCUCCUAACCCUGCUCAGCCUAACGAUGAUGGAGGUUGGUGUAACCCUCCUCUUCAGCACUUUGACAUGGCCCAACCUGCUUGGGAGAAGAUUGGCAUUUACAGGGGUGGAAUCAUUCCUGUCAUGUUCCAAAGGGUUCCUUGCAAGAAACAUGGAGGAGUAAGAUUCACUAUCAAUGGAAGGGACUACUUUGAGCUUGUUACGAUCAGCAAUGUAGCCGCAGCAGGAUCAAUACAAUCUGCUUCGAUCAAGGGAUCGAAAACCAACUGGAUGGCGAUGUCUAGAAACUGGGGUGCUAACUGGCAGUCAUUGGCAUACCUCGACGGACAAUCUCUAUCCUUUAGAAUUACUACCACUGAUGGCCAAACCCGAGUUUUUAACAAUGUUGUUCCUGGUAAUUGGCAAUUUGGCCAAACAUAUUCGAGUCGUGUACAAUUCCAUUAACAUUAUGGAGUGCACACUUGCAGUACAGUUUGUGAGUUUCAACCAGAUACUUCUUGAUAGGCAGAGGCGUGCUCAUAGCUUUUUCGUCAUUGAAGCAGCCCGCCAAAUCUAUCAUUUGUAAUAUAUUAAGCAGCUUAAAAUUUAUUGGAAGGUUGAUAAUGGAAGUGGCAAACCAUGAACUCAAAGGACUACUGCUAGUGAAUUUAAAAGAGUUAAAAAGGUGGGAUUUUAAAGUAAUCCAUUUAUACAUAUUAAGUUGGAAGAUGUUUUUGUGCAUCCAAUAAGAAAACAACCAAUUAGUUUGUUUGGUUCUCACCACUUUAUACAUAUCUUUUGUAAUUUCUUUUGGUUUCUUAUAGUGCAUUCUUUAACUGAGGUUCUUGUUUUAGUUGUUUACCAUGAAUUGUUAUAUGAAUAAGUUCGGAGU